GACAGAGCCCGCAUGCACGUUUCGACUCACGCCUUUCCCAAAGCAGACAGCCUCGUCACUCGCGCGCCGUCGGGGACAUGACCUGUUGUGUCACCAGACGAAGGGGAUAAUUAUCUGCGUUCCGGACACACAGAACAGUGAAAUUUAAUAUCAGAGUGCUUCAAUUCAAGGAAUAAAAUCAAGUGUCGUGCGUGUUUGCCGAUCAGCAGGUAGUGAUUAGCACGGUGCUCUAACGCGUCCGUUCGUCGAGGAUGACGAUCGGGAAGGCGAUCGUGAGGACGUCUGACGCAUCGUCAGAAACAGUUUGAUCGUGGUGAACGUGCUCCCGAUUCGCGCGAUCAGUGAGAGUCGUCGGAUAUGAUGCUGAUUGAUUGACAUCACCUUACUGAAUCUGUCUGUUCAACAACGAGAUCGUUCAUGCGAUGUUAAUACACGUCGUGAUUCCGUCGUGGUGUACGUUGCUACUCGAUCAAAUAGAAACUGGCCCGCGUGGAUUAACGAACAGUGAGUCAUCGUCGUUCGGCUGCCAGUGAAAGGAGUUUCGUAUCGGUAGCAAAGCUGUGAGGCUUAGAUAAUUUGGAUUCAUCGGUGAACACCGUUUGAUAUCAAGUACCGAAGUCUAAAAUCGAAAGCGAUUCUAAGAAAUUCUUUCGAAGGUCGGAAGGAACCUUAGAGACGUGACCAUUUACGAGCAAUGUGCAAGUGUCAUUGAAAAUUUCAACAGAAUUGGUUCCUCCGGAAAUACCGACGGGCUUGUCGAUGGAACACAGCACUAUUCAAACUCCGACGAUGAGGAUGUAGACGUGGAAAGUCUAAGAAGUGUGUCUCACGAGAUACCGUAUACCUGUCUCGAUCUUUUCGGCCAGAGACAAGUGAGGAGCAAUUACGGUGACACAUUCAUCACCGAGUCUCUCUUCAAAGAUAAGUGGACGGCCUCUUUGAGAACGGACUAUGUCCGCCAUUGUUGCCCGUCGUUUGUAUCAUCGGUGCCGCAAGCAGGGUGCCAAGACGACGACCGAUCUGCCUUGAUCCUGGAAGGGACGGGCGGCGAUUUUCUGGCGCGACAGCUGGCUUUGGCAGCAGCAACAGCAGCAGCAGCCGCCGCAACGACAGCGGCCGCCGGCAAGAUGCCGGAGAAGGAGGUCGCUUAUCAUCAAGAGACAUUCUCGUUGCUGCAGCCGCCGCCACCGCCGCAUCACUCGCACUCGGCCUUCCACGCAGCUUUCCACCCGCAUCCCCAUUCGGCACCCCCGCCGUCAUUUCACACGCAUCACGGGCCACCACCGCCGCCGCAUCCGGCCGCUUGGGAGCAUCACGCGGCGGCGGCCGCAGCGGCUGCGGCCGCGGCCGCGGCUUUCCAUCCACCGCCCCAUCACCCAUUAUCCGGUAGCACAACAGCGAUCGGAACACCUGGUAACGGCAGCGGAGGUGGCGGCGGAAGUGGCAACGGGGGUGGUGGAAGCACGGGAGGCGGUGGAGGUGGAACUGCCGGCAACGGAACUUCCGGUGAUUUUCUACGUAGAAGUCAUCCCCUUGCGGAACAUACGACGCUACAUCCCGCUUACCGGAUCAACUACAUGGACCACCUCUAUCAUCAACUCCAGGCCUCCACGCACAGUCCCAACGCCUCACUACACGGACUGGGUGGUUUGGGGCCCGAAUACCUCUUACACGCGGCAGGUCCUGCCAGCACCCUCGCAUCGUCCGAAUUCCCGUUUUCCAUUGAUGUUUCAGCAUCGUCACGACUAGGAAGUCCAAGAGCCUCAGCGAUUAGAGCAAGUCGAAAAAGAGCGCUGAGUAGUUCACCAUAUUCGGACAGGUUCGACAUUGACAGCAUGAUACGAUUUAGCCCUAAUAGCUUGGCGUCCAUCGUGAAUGGCUCGCGAAGUAGUAGCGCCAGCGGAAGCUAUGGACAUCUUUCCGCUGCAAUGAGUCCAGCAUUAGGCAUGCAUCACAGCAUGACGCCGCACCUGCAGCAGAUACAGGCCCACCUUUUGAGAAGCGCGGCCGCGGCGGCACUCUUACCUCAUACGCAUCCCUUGCAACCACCCGCGCCACCGCCGCCACCACCGCAUCCCCAUUCUCACCCUCACACCCACGGAUUGUCUUCCCAUUCGCAAUUGUAUCCCGGUAUGCCGCCUCAUUCCACGUCCUCGGCAACGCUCAGCCCGCACGGAACUGGAGUGCCUCCAAAAAACGAGAGCGCAGAGUCGUGUAGGAAAGCGUCGGAAUCAUCGGCUCGCUCGGUGACGGCCGAAGCCGACACUUCCUCAAGACGGGCCGCCACCAAAGUCAAGAGGGAACCGGCGACAACGACCACCAACGCGACUACUACUACCGCUCCACCGACUCACCCUCAAGGUCUCAGUCCGAGUGAGGAUCUCAGAGACGAACCUGGUGACUUCAUCGAGACAAAUUGUCAUUGGAGAGACUGCGGUCUCGAGUUUCCUACACAGGAUGAUCUCGUAAAACAUAUCAACAACGAUCAUAUACACGCCAACAAGAAGAGCUUUGUUUGCGGUUGGGAGGAAUGCUCGAGGGAAGAAAAACCUUUCAAGGCUCAGUACAUGCUGGUUGUACACAUGAGAAGGCAUACGGGUGAAAAACCACACAAGUGUACCUUCGAAGGUUGCUUCAAAGCUUAUUCACGAUUGGAGAAUCUCAAGACUCAUCUCAGAUCUCAUACUGGUGAAAAACCAUACACUUGCGAAUAUCCAGGCUGCAGCAAAGCCUUCAGCAAUGCUAGUGAUAGAGCAAAGCAUCAAAAUAGAACACACUCUAGCGAGAAACCAUAUAUCUGCAAAGCUCCUGGUUGUACAAAGAGGUACACAGAUCCAUCAUCGUUAAGGAAGCAUGUUAAGACCGUUCAUGGCGCCGAGUUUUACGCGAACAAAAAGCACAAGGGCGGCGGUGGUGGCGAUGGCGGUGGCAGUGAUGAAGCUGGUGCAGGAGGUAAUAGUCCCAGCAGGAGCGAGGAUCUUCCGCCGAAGACACCCAGUCUUUCGAGUCCUAGUGUAAAGUCCGAAAGCGAAGCUAACAGUCCGCCAGGCAUCAUGCAGCAACAGGGUAGUCCGUUGGUGGGUGGCUGUAACGAUGAAGUCGCGGGGAUGGGAGCUCUCACCGCUGAUGGAAUCGCUCUCGCCGAAGAGCCAUGGAACGCGGAGCCGGAUGAUCUAGACAUUGCUGAUCUUCCUGUAGCGUUACGUGCUAUGGUUGGUGGUAUGGAAUCGCAGCAGCAACUGCAAGUGCCCGCGCCUACGUCGAGGAAUCGUCUGAAAGGAAGACUUAACGCCAAAGGUGUGCCAAACAUGCCGAUCGGCGUAGCGAACAUGCGCGGUAUACGCGGUAUCGGACCCCAGGGUAAUAUCGGUGAGCUCAAUAAAAGAAUUACUGAUCUGAAAAUGGAGAGUGGCGGUGGUCAAACGCGACAGACAAGUUUAUCCGAUCUUCAACUGAGGCUACAGCCAUACGGCGAACCGCGAAGGGAUAGCAAUAGCACCGUCAGCACUUAUUACUGCAGCAUGAGAUCGGCAGAUUUGAGUAGCAGAAGAAGCAGCCAGGCAAGCGUCGUUAGUGCUGUCAGAAUGGGUCCGGAAAGCUUUUACGAUCCAAUUAGUCCGGGUACGUCUAGGCGAAGUAGUCAAAUGAGUACCACUUCUAGCAGGAUCGAUCAAAAUCACUUUCAAGGACCUUAUUCGACGAAUAAUCUUGUCGUCCAAACGCAAAAUAUGUCUCUUCAGAAUAUUCAGGCAAUGCCAAGCGAUUGGAAUAAUCCCAGCGGUCAUUGUACUCAACCUUCAAGUGAUCGACGAAUGUCCGAACCUAUUCGCAGUAAUCAGGUCCAAAGGACUUCUCCACCGAUUCCGCCCAGACCAAGAUCGGCACAACUUCCCGAACUUCAACCCGAGCUUCAUCCCAAUCAGGAAGUUAUCCUAGACGAGGUGGGCGAGGGUGAAAUGGUGGAGAACAAACUAGUUAUUCCCGAUGAAAUGAUGCAGUAUUUAAAUCAGGUUCAAGCGGGUGGAAAUCAAGUUGGCUAUCGCAAUAGUCCUUUACCGAUCUGCCAAUCGCCGAUAUGCACGAAUCCGCUGCAUUAUCAGCGACAGGUGCAAUCUAUGUGUAAUUACAAUCAAUCGCAUCAACCGCACCAGCAGAACUGUUAUUCCUCUCAACAAGUCACACAACAACCUUGUCCGACUUACCAGAAUUCCCCGUCUGCGCCUUACAGCCAAUGUCCGAAUUCACGUGCAACUCAGCCCGCGUCGCAAUAUUGUCCGCCACCGAAUUACGGAUCUCAAGCUACUGGUGGACAAGUGGCAAGUCCAGCUGCUGGUCAAGUUAUGUCACCGAGUUCCCACUAUGCUUCAACUCAUUUGAGUGAUCAGCCGUUAACGUCGCCUGCGGCUGGCGCGUUGGCGCCACAACAUGCUCCACAAAAUCUGCCUCAAAAUUCCGCUCAACUUUCCAGAAAUUGCCCUCAGAGCCAUGCACAUCAUACAUAUUAUCCGGGUUACGGUUGUACGGGUCAAAUGAACGCCAACUGCAAUGGCACUGGCGGCCAAGCCAGUCAUCAUUCUAAUCAAACUUGUGCGCCAUCCAAUCAUACAGUACAGAUGCGGAUAACGAACAACUGUCAGCCGUUAUCACCGCAUUGUAUUCAACAGACCGCGCCCAUGUCUAAUUCGCCGAUUAUUGCCCAUCCAAAUGCUCAAUGCAAUCAAUCCUCUGGUCAGUGCACUGGUCAAAGGCCUAUGGUAACGUCCAAUGGUCAGAUACCCAACAUGCAUUCUGCCCAACAGUCUCCAGUGACCAAUCAAUGCAGUCCGAUGUCACCGCACUGUUCACAGUUGAACAUCGCGAAUCAGAGCAAGCCAAUGGGCAAUACGAUUACGUCAAAUCUUCAAGGCUGUCAACAACAGGCUCAACAAUCAACCACAGUUCCCUGUCUACAGAUCAACAAUUGCAUUCAUCCUAGUGGUGUGCACCGUCAGAUCAACGACGGCAACAGCGGCGGCAGUGGUGGCGGCUCAAAGAGAACAUCUCCACAACUUUGCAAUACUCAACAGACUAAUUGCAGAAUGCAACAACAACAACAACAGGCCUGCGCGCAUAAUUGUCAAACGCGCACGAAUCUUCCAUCUCAAUACAACUGCAAUUGCGCAUGGACCUAUGGGAAUCAAUGUUAUCAUGAUCAACACAACGGAUCGUUGCCAGAAAUACAGUGUAGGGAUAUUAGUCAGUCACAACAGGGUUCAUCGAUAAAACCGCCUCAAGGUAUGAGACAAGAUUCUUAUCGCAGGACAUUGGAAUACGUUCAGCAAUGCAGAAACUGGUCUGUUAACGCACAAACUCAUGAGACCAAUGUCUCCAGUUCAACGCACCCUAUGUCGUUGCCGCAACCUUUACCAGCUAGUGCCAACAUGGUUGUCAAUGAUAUGACAUCUUCGCUUAGCUCUUUGACUGAAGAAAAUAGAUAUUUACAAUUGAUUCAAUGACCUUUGUCCACAACGAGAUGAAGAAAAGUUAUUUAAUUUCACUAUUAGUCGAUAAAACAAUCGUUUAAAUAAUUUUCUACUUGUUCAUUACAUUAAUAACACAGGAUAUAUAUCCAGUUUAAAUUCAUUUUAUAUGAAUAAAAUUAAAAUAUUAAAGAUUUGGCAAAAUUUACAGUCACUAAUAGUUCUGUGUAAGAUCAUUGAUAAUUUUCGAUAAUUUCAUUUCAAUCUUCAAUCUAUAUAUAUCUCGAAUUUUUAACACAUGAUUUCAAUAUAAGGAAAAAAA